AAGCUCAGAAGGAAAGAGUUUUAUGUUUGAAUUUAAAGGAAGAUGAAGAAGAUGAGGUUUUUAUUAGAGGUGCUAGUGCCUGCGCUUUUGACUGGAAUGUUAGCUUCCAUGGCUGAAGGGCGCACCCAUUACUAUGAUUUUGUUCUGAAAGAGACCAAUUUCACGAAGCUGUGCAAGACAAAGAGCAUGAUGACUGUAAAUGAUAGCUUUCCAGGGCCGGUGAUUCGUAUUCACAGAGGCGACCUGGUGUAUAUCAACGUUCACAAUCAAGACGAUUUUGGUGUCACUAUCCAUUGGCAUGGAGUGAAGCAAACAAGGAAUCCAUGGUCAGAUGGUCCAGACCACAUAACUCAGUGCAAGAUUCAGCCAGGAACAAACUUCACCUACAAGGUGAUAUUUGGUGAAGAUCAGGAAGGAACUCUUUGGUGGCAUGCCCAUAGUGACUGGACAAGGGCCAGUGUUCAUGGUGCCAUUGUUAUCUUGCCAACUGAAGGAACCACCUACCCAUUUCCCAAGCCUGAUGGUGAACAACUCCUGGUAUUAGGAUCUUGGUUUUCAGGAGACUUGAACAAGGAAUAUGAGGAGUUCUUUUCAAAUCAAACUUUUGAAACACUACUGGAUGAUAAUGCUUUCACCAUCAACGGCGAACCAGGAGAUCUUGUCCCAUGCGGUGGUGAGACAACACACCGUUUGCUGGUGGACUAUGGCGGGACCUAUCUUCUUCGCAUAGUGAAUGCAGUGGUUAAUGUAGAACUCUUCUUUGCCAUAUCUGAGCAUAACCUCACUAUCGUUGGCACGGACGGAACCUACACUAAGCCAAAAGUGACCAGUUAUAUCAUGAUAGCCCCAGGCCAAACUAUGGAUGUUUUGAUCACAACAAACCAGAGUUUAAGUCAUUACUACAUGGGUGCAAGACGAUUCACAACCUUUACCGCCAAUGCUACCUUCAAUAAUAUGACGGCUACCGCUAUUCUUCAGUAUAGAGGGAACUAUAAUCCCCCGGACGAACCUUCCUUUCCCACUAACCUUCCCUUAUUCCAUGACUGGGAGUCUGGAUUGGGCUUUCUUCCCCUCUUGAGGAGCUUAGCAACCCCAGAGCACCCAGUCAAUGUCCCACUCAAUAUAACUACCAGGAUGUUCAUUACAGCUUCCAUAAAUUUGGUUAAUUAUACACUUGAGGGGACAGAGGUCAGCCAUCUUGGUGCCAGCUUGAACAACAUCACUUUUAUGGACCCAACUUCAAGUAUUCUGCUUGCCUAUUACAGGCACACCAGCGGGGUUUACACUACAGAUUUUCCAGACUACCCACCUUCUUACUAUAACUUCACUGGGGAUAUUCAUGUUCAUCCAUUGUCUGUAGUGGCAACAAAAGUGAAGGUGUUCAAUUAUAAUGAAUCAGUGGAGAUAGUAUUCCAGGGGACUAACCUGCAAGGCCAAGCCUCAGAUCAUCCAAUGCAUUUGCAUGGAUACACCUUUUAUGUGGUUGGGAUGGGUACUGGAGUUUUCAACAAUGAGACUGAUCCAAAAUCGUACAAUUUGGUCGAUCCGUCUGAACGUAACACCAUUACAGUUCCAAAGAAUGGAUGGGUUGCCCUCAGAUUUUUAGCAAAUAAUCCUGGUGUAUGGCUAUGGCAUUGUCAUAUUGAUAGACAUCUCACAUGGGGAAUGGACACUACUUUCAUAGUGAAGAAUGGUGAAACCCCGGACACCAGUAUCCUACCACCCCCUGCUUACAUGCCUUCUUGUGCAGCUCAAUCCCCUAUUAGGCUUGAAGAUUUCCGGGAUUCAGUUGAGCUAGUUGAUAAGAUAAAUGUCAACUGAUUUGGUAUUUUGCUUCAAAUCUAAAGGGUUUGUAAUUUCUUGAGAGUUGUCUUUCUGAAAUAACAACUUCUCUGUACUGUGAUCUCUUAAAAUGGAAAAGUUUAUGCUUGUAGUACA